ACAUCGGUCUGCUCCCCUCUCGACCUCCCCAAGAUUCUAGGGUAUGAGCGAACUUCACGACUCAGUAGCACACAAGUAUUCCCUCGCUGGUUUUCUGCCGGAGCAUCCAAUGGAUCUUCUGUGCAGCAGAUGCAGGAAAGUGCCUCGACAAAGGUGACGGCAUUCAGCCCAUUAGAAGCAACUAUCACCAAACCCAGACGCAGUCCAUUGACAUAUGAAAGCUUGAAAGUGAGGGUAACUGAGCUAGCUAGAGGAGCUACGUAUGUUAUGAUCCCAGCUCUGCUUUUCACGUCAAAGAAUACCAUUACCACUUCUCUUCUGGUCAUGCCAGUUUUCCAUCAAAUCUACAUGUUCCACAAGGAGAUCCUGCUGGACUAUGUCCACCAUGACGUUACCAGGAAGUGGGCUUUGAUCUACUUCAAGAUUCUUCUACUGAUCAUGUCUAAGGAUACAAUUGUCUACUUAGAUCUAUAUCCACCACAGUAGUUUCUACAGAGACGCACUGAACACCCAACAGGACACCAAAAUAUUGAAGAUAUACUAAUGGCAAACUGCUGGUUCUUCUGUUCUCAAAUACUAUAUCUUCUCUGUUCUUCUGAAAAUUGUGUCUUGCCAAGUAAUUUUCAGUUGGCCCUAAAUCCCUGCUAAGGUGGAAGACAGAUUUAUGCUAGCUUUGCAAUAUAAUGGUAAAUAUCGAUAAUGAUAUCUGUUUCAGUUUGAUUAUA